AUGGAAAUUGAUGAUGAAAAGAAUCGUUUUAUCGUAGAGCUAGAAUUUGUUCAAUGCCUUGCCAAUCCUCACUAUUUGACUUUUCUUGCUCAGAGAGGAUAUUUUGAUUCAUCUCCUUUUGUCAACUAUUUAAAAUAUUUACUCUAUUGGAAAAAAGCUGAGUAUGCAAAAUUUCUUAAAUAUCCUCAGUGUUUAUUGUUUUUGGACUUGUUGCAGUAUGAAAAUUUUAGAAAAGAACUUGUUCAUCCAAGUUGUGCUAAGUUUAUUGAUGAACAACAGUUGUUACACUGGCAAUAUUACACACAAAAGAGACGUCAAGUUAAAAGUUUAAGUUCAGAUAACAAUGUUCACUAA